AUGUCUCUCCCAUAUGCGCCUCGCUCUGCCUACUACGACGGCAAGAUACAAUCAGGCUGUUCUUCAUCUACAUUUCAAACGAUUGAUCCCGCGACUGCGCAGCCUGUCGCGAACAUUCACGCAACUACCAACGCUGGCAUCGAUGCUGCCAUAGCCUCUGCUCACAAGGCCUUUCCAGCAUGGUCCGCCACGCCUCCCAUCGAACGCGCGCGCAUUCUCCAACGGGCCGCAGCCAUUCUGCGUUCGCGAAACGAUGAACUCGCGAGAAUUGAAACCACCGACACGGGCAAGCCCUUCUCCGAGACCUCGACUGUCGACGUCGUCACAGGCGCAGAUGUCUUGGAAUUCUUCGCCAACCUAGUCGGAGGAGGCGGUAUGAACGGCGAGACGGCGCCGCUACGACCAGACGCAUGGGUAUACACAACCAAGAGUCCUCUGGGUGUGUGCGCAGGCAUCGGAGCGUGGAACUACCCCAUUCAAAUCGCUCUCUGGAAAUCUGCUCCCUGCCUCGCCGCUGGAAACUGCAUGGUCUACAAGCCGUCAGAAUUCACACCUCUCCACUCUACCGUCUUGGCCGACAUUUACGCAGAAGCUGGUGUGCCUCCCGGUGUCUUCAACGUAGUCCAGGGCGGCGGCGACGUCGGCGCAUACCUCACCUCGCACUCUGGCAUUGCCAAAGUCAGCUUCACCGGCCAAGUUUCUACGGGCAAGAAAGUCGCAGGUAGUGCAGCCGGCGGUAUGAAAUACGUAACCAUGGAGCUCGGCGGCAAAUCCGCCUGCAUCAUCCUUCCGGACGCCGACAUCGACCAAGCCGUCGACGGCGCCAUGCUCGCAAACUUCUUCUCCACAGGCCAAGUCUGCACAAACGGCACCCGCGUCUUCGUCCCCGAAGCCAUGAAGUCACAAUUCGAGCAGCGCCUCCUCGAAAAAAUGCAAUACAUCCGCCCAGGCGACCUCUACUCCCCCGCCACAAACUUCGGCCCUCUAGUCUCCAAACCGCACUACGAAAAAGUCCUCUCCUACAUCCGACACGGCAUCGACACCGACAAAGCCACCUUGCUCCACGGCGGCCCAGAGUCUCCAGCCUGGCUCACCUCGCACCCCGACGCCUCAUACAAGCAAGGCUACUGGGUCCAACCCACCAUCUUCACAAACUGCACCGACGCCAUGAAAAUCGUCCAAGAAGAAAUCUUCGGCCCCGUAAUGUCCAUCCUAUCCUACUCCUCCAUCGACGAAGUCGUCGCCCGCGCAAACAACACCCCGCUCGGUCUCGCCGCCGGCAUCUUCACCAAAGACCUCAAUACAGCGCAUAAAGUUAUUGCACGCUUGGAGGCCGGUAUCACGUGGAUCAAUACCUGGGGUGAAAGCCCUGCGGAGAUGAGUGUGGGGGGUUGGAAACAGAGUGGUGUGGGUGUUGAAAAUGGGAAGAGGGGGCUUGAGGCUUGGGUUAGGAAUAAGAGUACCUUGGUUGAGAUGGGUGGGGUUGUGCCGACAGUUUUUGCGAAAUUGUGA